AUGAAUACGAACGUAUUUAACAAUGGAAGACAUCCAACGGUAAAUGAUUUUGUGAGUAUGGAACGUGAUAAUGAUACAUUGUUAACACAGAUUCGUGUUAUCGAUCAACUAUUGAUAUCGUCUUCAAAAUUGCGGAAAAUUUAUUAUUCGUUAUAUCAUCCAACGAUGAUUUGGGUCCUUCUAAACACCGUUUGUGCGAUUUUUGCGUUGAUAGGUAAAAUCGCUACUUUUGUAACUUUCGGCUCGCUUAAUCAACAAGAAUGCACAAUGAUUCGCGAUCGCUUGUUAAAUUUUCUUCUUUAUAAGACUGUAUUUUUAUUUGGUGUAUUAACAAGCGUAAUUCUGGAAGAAAUCAUUGUAUGGAUCUUGUGGUUCACUCUUGUUGCAACUGUCGCUCUUCUGCAAAUGAUUAUGAUGCACAAGUUGAAAUAUUUAACAUCGUCAUUUCCAUCGCGGUCAGUUCAAUUACGCAUUCUCGCUCUCUCAGUCACAUUAUUGCUUAUAUCUAUUGGAUUAAUAAUAUUCACUUUAUAUUCUUUCUUUUUCCUUCCAUUCAGUUAUUUUCUGUUCAUUUUCGCUGACGCUCUAAAAUUAUCAAUUCGGAGCUCAUAUAUAAUAUUCAAAUGUGCACUUCUUUUCGAGGAAAUAUUUUAUUUAUUUUCUUCAUUCAAUGCUAUCACAAUUUCUUAUUAUUUGGAUCUUGUUCAUGAUUUAUUGGCUGAUACCGUCGAUCUCUUUCAUUAUGCGCAUAUGUUGAUUUAUUCUCAAAUUGUUCUAAGUAUGGCAUGUAUUAUUCUUACGAUGCAAAUACGUUAUUUUUAUAAAUCGAUUACAUCGCGAAUUGAUCGCCAUGUGAAAUAUAAAAAAAUCACUGCACAUAUUCGUUCAAAUUAUCCAGAAGCAAACUUUGCUGAUUCGAAUGAUAUGGAAGACUGCGCCAUUUGUUGGGAAAGAAUACAAAUAGCUCGUCAAUUACCUUGUAAUCACUUUUUUCACGAAUGGUGCUUAAGAAACUGGCUAGAGCAAGAUAGUUCCUGUCCUACUUGUCGUUUUGCUCUCUCCUCAGCAGAAAAUAUUCAAGGAUCUCAACCAUUAGCAGCAGCCAUUCCUCAGCCGUUCAAUCAUAUAUUUCAUUUUGAUGGUACGCGUUACGCACGUUGGUUACCCUCGUUUUCAGUAGAACUCUCUCAUAAUGUUGGUUUUCAGGAAAAUCGCUUGAUUGAACUCGACAAUUCACAAAUAGAUUUUAUGGCAGAACAAGUACAUGAAAUGUUCCCACAGAUAGACAUUGGAACCAUUAGAGAUGAUAUUCAACAAACUGGUUCUGCUCAAGCAACAAUCGAAAAUAUUUUAAUGGGUCGUCUUCUAGAUCGUAAUGCAUCAUCUUAUGGUCGUUAUGGUGAUGGAACGGAUUCAAGUACAAUUGAUGAUUCGUCAUCAUCAACAAACUCAUCGGCUGAUUUCAGUGCUGUACCAAGAAUUGUUAAUGAAACUUCAGUGGCAAGUUCUGGUAGCCGAUUUAGCGGGCAACCAAAAGAGAGACAUCAUAUUUUAUCUCAUAGGAAAUCGGUUUUGAUCGAAGAGAACAGGAGGAAAUAUAUCGCAUCAGAAAGAGGAAUCGAUUUACGCAACACUUAA